CUUGCGUUUGUGUUGUCUGAGCCUUGGAGGGUCUGGAUAUGGUGGAAUAUACGGAGAAUAUGACGAGAAAAAAAGCAGAAGAAGCAUUGAGGUCCUCUCUUGACAAGGGUGUCAAUUACAUUGAUACAUCUCCAUUUUAUGGUGAAGGACGCUCAGAGAGUUUUCUUGGCCGAGUUCUCUCCAGGGUGCCUAGGGAUAAGUAUUACAUUGGUACGAAAGUCGGUCGGUACUUUUGGGAUGUAAAGAAAAGGUUUGAUUUUUCUCGUGAGACGAUUUUAAAAGGUUUUGAGGAAUCCUUGAAACGACUUCAGUUGGAGCAUGUGGACAUCCUGCAACUUCAUGAUGUUGAGUUUGCUCCAUCUCUUGACAUCAUAAUGAACGAGGCACUCCCAGCAAUACAGGAACUGAAAGAUAAAGGAUUCUGCAGAGCAAUAGGCAUCACUGGUUAUCCCAUUGGGCCCCUAAAAGAGAUAAUAGCUCACUCGCAUCACAUUAAGAUUGAUUCGGUUUUAUCGUAUGCAAGGCUAACGUUGAAUGAUAACUCUCUAAAAGAUCAUUUUGAUUUCUUUAAAUCUCAUGGAGUCUCAAUCAUUAAUGCUAGCCCUGUUAGUAUGGGGCUACUGACAAGUGAAGGGCCUCAAUGGUGGAACCCUGCACUGCCUUACAUAAAAGAUAAAUGCAAGGAAGCAGUAGAGUAUUGCAAUAGCAAAGGAGUUGAUAUUACAAGACUAGCUGUGAAUUAUUCUACCAGCUUUGAUGAAGUUGUGACAACUUUAGUUACAAUUAGUGAUACUCAAAUGCUUGACAGGAAUCUCUCUGCUGUCCUCAGCCCAAUGACAGAGAAAGAGAAGAAAGUGGCAGGAGAUUUAGAGAAAUUUUUCAGUCGCCUUCCACAGAGACACUGGGAAGGUGUGGAGCUAAAAGAGUACUGGGAACAAAUUGGAAACUUUAAAACUAAUAACCAAUAAUUUAAUGUGGUAGCAAUGUAUUGUUAUUUUUACAAAAAAAUAAUGUCACUUUAAAUUCUGUCUUCUAAAA